AUGGAGCUGGAUGGCGCGAUCUUCCAACUAUUCGCCAACACGACCGGUAAAAUCGCCGUUGUCACAUACCUCACCACGAUCCAAGGACCCAGCCACGCCAAAACUAAGCUCGCGUACCUGUGGACACUCGGCUCGCUCCAAAUCGCCUCAAUCAAUCUCUUGAUAGCCUUCAUCUUAGCCCAGUGCUCGCCAUUACAGGAAUUAUGGAACGAAGCAAUUCCGGGUACCUGCAACGGUCGGAUCAGGAACCAGAACUUUGCCUUCUUUCAAGGCAGUAAGCGAUGGAUGAAUUGUGUUCGGGCAAAGUAG